AUGGACGUGCCUAAUGUCUUGAAGAGGCUGAGUUCUGUACCCUCUGGAUGGUACAUAGCUGUGCAGGAUCAGCCUGAAGAUGAUCAUCUGUAUCACCUCUCCUACAAGUUGGCAUUGAACUGGUGUCGUCUGCCUGGGAGUUAUGAGGAGACAUUUGCCAUGCUGGUGUGGAGAACAGGGCUGCAGAAAAGCAUUUGCUCUGUGGAGAAACGAGCCCUACUUGAUGUCACCGAAAUGAUCAUAAAAGCCGAGUCAACGGUCGAGGAGAAGGAGGCCAAGGGGAUGAUCAUCUGCAUAGAUAGGGAGUUGAAUGCAGAAACGAAGCUAAAUCCGAAGUCCCCUGCUUCUGAUGCUGCAUCGGAGCAAGAAUAUCGCUACGAAGGAAGGAUAUAA